GGUGGAUACCCCUCGCGUAAAGAUACAUGUGCGUCGUCCGUGCCGGUAUUAUUAACAAAAAUUCCCUUUUAAAAUCAAUAAUUCUGUAUCAAUAAAGUGCAUACGCGUGUUUUUAGGUUACAAUAUUGUGUUCUUUCAUCUAUAAUUACUUAGAAGUUUUACAGGCGACAAGAUGGCGGACAAGAAAGAAAUCAAUUUGGACGCGGUGCUCGAAAGCCUGGGCCCGUACGGACGUUACAACCUAUUGAAUUUCGUCCUUUUACUAUUCCCCGUGCUUUUGAGCAGUUUCUACGAGUGCGGUUUCAUUUUUGAAGCGCAGCAACAGAUUUAUCGCUGCGAAGUCGAUGGCUGUGAAAAAACAUACAACGACACAUCCUGGCUGAAAUACGCUAUACCCACCGACUCCGAAAGGGACGUACCAGCCAGCUGCUUACGAUACGCCCCCAAAAACAAUAACACAGUCGAACAGUGUCUUCCUGAAGAGUUCUCCAAUGUUACCAUACCUUGUGACAGCUACGUGUAUGAACUUAAUGGAUCUUUGGUUAAGGAGUUCGACCUGGGUUGCCAAGAAUGGAAGCGAGCCCUGGUUGGUACAGUGCACAACAGCGGCAUGUUCGUUGCCAUGCUGUUUACUGGGAUUCUGUCAGACAAGUUUGGGAGGAAGACCGCUGUGGGUAUGGCGGCGACGGCCAGCUGCAUCUUUGGCAUUAUUCGCGCGUUUGCACCGAACUAUAAUAUGUAUUUGGCAAUGCAUUUCUUUGAAGCAGCGCUUGGAGGUGGAUUGUACCCGUCGGCUUAUGUUCUGGCGGUCGAGCUCGUGGGGCUAAAACAGCGAGUGAUCAUCUCCGCUAUGUGUAACAUGGCCUUCGUGGUAGGGGUCGUGAUACUCGACCUCCUAGCCUGGGUUAUUAGCAACUGGAGGACAUACAUCCUCAUUUUAUACAGUCCUGCUAUCAUAGUGGGCUUGUACGUCUGGCUAAUGAACGAAAGCGCCCGCUGGUUGCUCAGCAAAGGCAGAAAAGAAGAUGCCAUCAAAACUCUAAAACGCGCGGCGAAGAUCAACAACAUGGACCCCGCGAAACUCGAUCUCGACGCAUUGAGCGAUCCCCUACUCCGAACAGAAGUACAGACAGACAAAAAGUCACAGUUCUCGAAAGCGAUACGAUCGAGUAUUAUAUGGAAACGUUUGAUCAUUUGCUCUUUCUUAUGGCUCACUUGCUCUCUCGUUUACUACGGGUUGUCGAUCAAUUCUAUUUCUUUAAGUGGGAACAAGUACGUGAGUUUUAUGCUGGUGGUUAUUGUAGAGAUACCAGCGUAUAUAGUUGUGGUGAUUGUGCUGGAUAAAUACGGAAGGAAGAAGACGAUGAUAGUGAACUAUGCGACAUGUGCUGUGACGAGCUUGAUGUUUGCGUUCCUGCCUAAAGGUAACUGGUGGUCCAUUGUCCUGUAUCUAAUAGGCAAAUGGAGCGUCACGCUUACAUACAGUUCAGUGUAUAUCUACGUAUCUGAAGUCUUCCCGACCAACAUGCGGCAGAUGCUCUUGAGUGUUUGCUCCACCUCUGGCAGGAUUGGGUCGCUUAUUGCACCUCUAACGCCGCUAUUGUCCCUCUACCACAAAUCGAUGCCGACCGUGAUAUUCGGAGGCAUGUGCAUUAUAUGCAGCAUGCUCGUGCUCCUCCUACCAGAGACACGGAACAUGCGUCUCCCGGACACCAUUGAGGAAGCAGAGGAACUAUCCAAAAUGAGAAACAGAACUGACCAAACUCUUGAUAUGAAAUAGUUUAAUUUGAGGACCAAAUGGAGUAGAUGUAUAAAAAGUAUGUCAACUGUGUGAUUCAACUUAGAAUAGGAUUGAACCGGCGCCAUCUUGUAUUGUGACGUCAUAGCUGUUAAUUCAAUCGAAUUAAUAGUAACUAUAUUCAAUUGAUUUUUGGUGCAGUGACGUUCCUAUUCUUAUUUGGAUCGCAUUAUAUUUGUGAUUAUUUAUGUUUUUGGAGUGUUAGUGUUGUGUAAAAGAAAAUUCGUGAUACGUUUUCGAAGUGAUAUCUAAUUUAUUGUAAAAAGACAGCCCUGUGAAUGAAAUGGUAUAAAGUUGACAUACUUUUUGUUUAUUUUGCAUUUAGCAAUUGACGAUUUAAAACGCGCUUUAUUUCUUUUAAUUGCAAUGUAUUUACAAAUUGUGGGUACAUGAAAAAAUGAAAUAAAUCACGUUUUAAACGUAUUUAAAAUAUAUUAUUUAUCUGUGCUGAGCAAAACAAAUGUUUUGAAUUGUGUUCGUUCACAUUGAAUGGAAUGUUUGACCUUAGAUCACAAGUAUUUUUAACAGGGUUCAUAUUAUAUCCUAUCUGACUUAAAGUAAAUUCUGAUACUUAAGUAAAGAACUUGAUAUUUUCAAUUUUUCUGUAUAUGUAUUUAUUAUACAAAUAAGCGAUAUGAAGACUUGUUUUUACAUCUUAAUAGACAAUUAAUAUUGAUUAAUAUUUUUUAGAGCGACCAAACGUAGUUGAUCUUUUAACAGUUGUAAGAAUUGAGUUUAAAAGAUCAGCUUUUUACGCUACUUAUCUUACUGUAUUAUCAGAUAUUCCUUAACCUUUGCUUAAUUUCUAAAAUAAAUAAGUAAGUAAAUAAUAAAAUUCAAAAGACUUAAACAAACCUUCCAUCGUCGAUUUUGACUUGUGAAUUAUUUAAUGUGAUUUUAGAACUAGGAACUAUUUUCAAUUUUUAAUUGGAUUUAUAUACAAAGACGUUGUUUAUAAAUGUAUAAAAAUAAUCUCUUUUGGAAGCACUUCUAACGGCAUAUUAUCAAAUUUUAUCAACUUCAAUUAACCAAGUGAUUUUUUAAUAGUACAGAAACGAACGCAGACUUAUUUUUAUAUGUAUAUGUACUACAUAUUUCAGGUUUUAUUAUCUAUACGACCAAAUUUACUCGUGUCCUCGUUUAGGACCAAAAAAAACGCUAAAAAUAAAAAAAAAUACCCGGUCGGAGCCGGGGCGAGCAGCUAGUAACUUAUUAAGAAGAAUAUUUAUUCAGUGUCAUAAUUAGAACCAAGUUUUAUUGAAUCAAUUCGACACGCAAUCGUAAAAUGAAAAAUAUUCCACAACCGUUCUAAAUACAUAUAUUUAUUACUACUGUUAUCUUUCAAUUGAAUUCUAUAAUAAUGACGAGAUCAUUGAAUUUUGAAUAAUAAUUUAAUGUUCACUUUCUUGUUUAAUGUAUGAGAUUCUUACGGUACAUUUAGAUUAAAAAAAAUUAAAGCGAAUGCUCAUUCUUCCCCAGUAUGGAAAACAGGCGUAGAGCAUUCUUCCUUUGUUCUAAAUGCGUUCGAAAAGAUUAUAUGCAAUGUUCUAAUACUGAAUACGAGUUUUCGUUUGCACUAAAAGAUCACGAAAGAAUGCUCUUGUUCUAGCUCUAGCUCUAUGUUCAUUUGUCUAAAUGAACCGUUAGACAUUUAACAACUUUUUAAGUUAAGUCAAGAUACUGAUUCUACUUCUUAUAGUUUAGAACUUAAUAACUUUACAGUGUUUUCUUUUUCACAGAACAUAUUUCAGUACCAUAUCGAUAGGCUAGAAAGCAACAGACACAUACAUAUUAAACUUUAAUAAUACAUCCUCGAUUGCGUCAAGAUUAGCAAAGAACAAAACUACUUAUUACAGUUGUUUUCCAUAAAACUAACAUAUUUUACUAUUGUUAACUUCAAUAAUUUUAUACUAUUACUAGUGUCUCGAGUUAAAAUAAUAAACACAUGUUUAACUAUCAUGAAAAUCACAAUUCGAACAUCAAUGUCUCACAUUAACCCUAUAUCAUUUAAAAUUUUUAAAUAGGUAAAUAAAUCUUGAACAAUGAAUAUUAAACUAUAUGACAUACAUUGUUAAAAACCACGAUAGUGGUAAAGUUUUUAAAACGAUUCCAUUUUACGGCGUCUUUAAAACACAAUGAGGGUAUCUUCAUCAAAUAAUUCCAUUGUGACAACAUUGUUGUUACAAUGACGUACAUUACAGGGUUGCCAUGAGAAAAUAACUCUUCUAUAGAAUUAAAGUUCGCGUGAAACAAAAAUGGAACGUAAUUUUUGCACCAUGUUGUCUAUUAUAGAGUAGGUAGAUGAGCCAAUAGAUUUUUAAAAAAUCAUUUUCUUGGAAAUGUUAAGUUUACUUUAAAACUUUUUUAGUUUGUUAUGGAUAAGUAGGAAAUGUUUUUAGCAUGUGCGCUUUUCACCAAUAUUUGCAAUUGCAAAGCCAUUUUAUAUUGUCAAUUCAUCGUAAAAUUGGCUUUUUAAUACAUAUAUUAUUAUUUUAAAUCACCUUGGGUUACUAUAGUUUGAAAUACAAUGAAGAACUUAUAACAGAGUCUCAUUAAAAUUAAACUAGUAUAAACUGAUAUUUUUGAAGGUAUUUUAUAUAUUUUACAAUACGUAGUUAAUACGAUAGUAUUUAUAUAAAAAGAACCUAAAUCGAAUAUUUAUUACUUAAUGAAAUACAUACUUACUUGUUACUACCACUAUUUAAUGUAUUUAAUCAUCGUAAUUUGUAUAGGAUAUACAAAUAUUUACACACCACACUUUUAUCCGUUCCAUUUUCAAAUUAUUUCUUCCAUUUUUUUUGUAAACAUUAAAUAUUUUAAUCACUGUUAACAAGCGGAUUCACAGACAAGUAUUAUAAUAAUGAAUAAUCGCCAAUAGAAUACAUAAUUACACCGGAAAAUGUAAUAAACCUACACAAUGACCAAUCAAAACGUCAAUUAUCAAAUGAUUUACAACAUAUUGACCAAUAGGAACGCAGUACUACCGCGCGAAAACCAACCUUUAGAAAACCUAAAUACAUAUUGUUUAACAAAUAAUAGAUUAUUAAAAUGAACUUAAUGAACUAUUUACAUACUUAAUAGGCAUUUAAAUAAAUUAACAUAGUUGUAAAUUGAUUUUUAAUUGUUUUUCAUGAAAAGUAUGUUUUCCUUUAGAUACUUAAAACAGCAUUUAUUUUCAGACCUUAUGAAUACAAGUAAAUGUGCACGAAUUAUAUAUAAGGUAAUUUAGAAUACCUUUCCUCGUUUAAAUUAUAAUUCCAAUAAAAAAUAAGAAUUUCCCUUUUAACCAAAAAGUAAUGCCAUUGUUUUGUUAUUUAUUAGACUUUUCAAUAUAAUAUGGUAUAUAGGAAUUAAUUUCCGUUGAUCUUUUUAUUUAUACACAUCAUUUCUUUAUAAUUAUGUUAUAUAGGUAAAUAAUAAUGUUUAUUAUUAAUUUAAUUAAUUGAAAAUGUCCAAUUUGCACAGUAUUUAAAUCUUUUCACAUACACAAACAUCAUAUUAGUUCAUUAAUAUAUUUAAACCUUAGAUGCACGCUGAUAUAACAUAAUUAUUAAAUUAUAUUCAUAUGGAGACGACACCGCCUACAUUACUUAUGUUCCGCUCAACAUACGCCAUAUGGCGUAACUGCACGCUCAUUUUUUAUUUGUUUUAAAGUGAAACGCAUCAAAUAUGCCUUCGUGUAUAUAUUGCACAAAUAAUACAAAUAAUACGUGUUGAUAAAUGCAAAGGAUUAAUUUUCAUCGGUAAGUACCUAACUAUGUAGAUAAUAAUUUUUAAAACUUAGUUAGAGCAAAAAAAUGGCGCACAGAUUUUGUUCGCGGUGUCUCCUCCAUACGUAGUAAUAUUAUCUCAAUGAUUAUAUUAUUAUGUAAUUUUAUUUACAUUUUGUGCUAGAAUUUACUAAACUUCAAUAUAUUCGCUGUACUAUUGUAAUGAUUUGCAAAAUAUUGUAUAAUAUUCAAAUAAUUUACAUUAGUAUAUUUUUCAUAAAAAUGAAAAAAAAUACUGAAAAAAAUAUUAUUAUGAUCAAAUAAAAAUCAAAUCUACUUAAAUCGAGUGUAAUCUUAGUGUAGUUAACUAUGUUUAUAAUUGUUCUAACUAUCUGAUACUGUAUAUUUAUUUAUAGAGAAUAGACUGAAUACAAUGAAAAUUUUGAAAUCAAAGUCAAACUUAUUAUAUGAACAGUAUGUUAAAAAUUACAAAUAUAUCUGUCUUUAAAAAAAAUGAUGUAACAAUCAGUCUGUUCUCUAUGUCGCUGUAAAUAUAGAAUUAAAUUGUGAACACUUUAAAUUAUUUUGAAUCAAAAUGUAUAUGUUAUUCACGAUUUAAUAAAUUUUGAAUUAUA